GCUCACUCCUUCAUCAGGUGCAUUAUUGCCACUGACAGUAGCACACAGAUCAGUCAGGUUAAGCCAUGCUCCGUCUUAUGUGCGUCCUCCUGCUCCUGCUACACACCAGCAGCUCAGCUGUCCACAAUGACGCCACAGAGUCCGUCAGUCCUCAGCCAGACCUGGACUCUCAGGACCCCCCAGCUGAGGAAAACUCUAACCAGGCGAGGAACGGUGGGAGACGGGUCGGAAACACUAUGCGUAAUGGACCAGACCAGAGCCAGGUGGGCUGCAGAGAGCUGAGGUCCACAAAGUACAUCUCUGAUGGCCAGUGCACCAGUGUCAACCCCAUCAAGGAGCUGGUGUGUGCUGGUGAGUGUCUGCCAUCCCACCUGCUACCCAACUGGAUUGGGAGCGGAGGUUACACUGGGAGGUACUGGAGCCGCCGUGAUGCUCAGGAGUGGCGAUGCGUCAUCGAUCGGACCAGGACCCAGCGAAUUCAGUUGCAGUGCAAUGAUGGCAGCUCGAGGACCUACAAGAUAACUGUGGUGACCUCCUGCAAGUGCAAGCGGUACACUAGACAGCAGAAUGAUUCAGACCACAAGCAGACACCUGCCCACAGCAGUAAACAGACUGGACUCCCUGAUGUGACAGCCAGGAGGCAGUCUGACAAUUAAAGCCCAUGUAAUCAGUUACUACAAAUGGUCUCAUAACAGCCACUCCUGCCUUCACCAUAAAAUUUAUGGUUGAAUUCUAAGUGUGCCAAUAGUCACCCAAUAUUUAAGGACCAGGCUAGAUAGAAAAAAAAGAUGAAGAGUGAUGACUUGUCUCUAAACUUAGAUUAUUGUGAAACAGAAAGAUGUUAUGAAAUGAGUCUAUGGCUCAAAACACAGAUCAGCAUUUUGAGGAAUAUGCUCAUUUGCUGUCUUUGAGGGAAUGAGAUAUUUAGACUGAUUUUAGUUCCAUGUCUGAGUUGAACCUGCAGUGCAAAACUUUUGUUUCCCCAGUUAGAGUAAUAAUUACAUAAACACUGUCGAUGCAUGUUUAAUAGCAUAUAACUCACCAUUGAUAACUUUCCUUUUACACUAUAAGUCAUCUUCUAAACAUCAAUUUUCCUUAUUAUCUGGAUCAUCAGAGAUGUUUCUUGAAUACUUUCUAGGUUUUUCCAUCAUGCUCCUAGUUACUGUUGCCUUCAACAGCUCUUUAAAACUCUCAUAUACUGUGAAAUACAGAGACUUGCAUGGUACUGAUAGCCUUAAUGACCUUUGUUAAGACUUGUUUGGCUUGAACGAUGCAGACAUUCAUUUAUAAAUAAUAGUUCUGCACUCCAGCUUUAAGUGCUGGCAGACAGUCUGGAGAACAUCUCCACUUAACAGGCUGUAACUUGUUUAUCCAAUCUGUACACACAUAUUACAAAAAUAUGUGGAACAAUUGCUGGAGCUGGGACUUCUAUUGAUUAACACUACUUAUCCACUGAGCAGUUCUGUAGCACUUCAUUCACUGAACUGCAUGUUGCCUGCUAUGGUCAGUGAGCCUAGAUUUGGAUGUUAGUUUUCAUAUAGGCACUAUAAUAUAAAAUAAGCAACUUUGCUGUUAUGUCAAGACCUCAGGAAGCUAUGUACAGUCACUGCACCUGGCUCAAGAGAUAGUUCCAGCAUAUAAUAAAGUAUAAGCUCUAUUCUUGUAAAAUGCAGCUAAUGGCAGUUCUAACAGUGGCAUCUAUUAGACUAGGUUACAUUUGUAUAAAUUUGACAGUUAUGGGCAUCUGACCACAUGCUGCAGCUACAAAACAACUUGACUCUAGAGUAUUUAAUAUAUCGCGAGUGCACCAAAUACGCAAGUGUAACUAUUACUGAAAGCCCAGCCAUUACAUAGAUAACCAAAUGUGCAGACCUGUUCAGCAUGUAUGAAAUGGGAUUCUGGCAUUGGCAUAAGUGAAGAUGAGAAUGUCCCUGUAGAGAAUAAUGGAAGAAAAGUAGAUUCUGAUCCAAUUUAAUAAUUUAACUGGAAUAAUUUUAGACUUAAUCAUGAAUUUUGUGAUUACUCCACACUGUCUCUUGUUUCAGUUUUCUGUAAAAUAAUGAUUACAUUAUCACUGUUUUUAAAAAAAAAAAUAUAUAUUGUGGUCACAACUGUGAUCAUUGGCUGGAUAAUGUUCACAGUGUUUGUUGUUUUGUUUUGUUUUUUUUUAGUUAAUGAAGAGCUACCUUUAUGUACUUUACUUAAGUCACAUGGAGUGGUUGGGGCAAGUGUUGGGCAGAUAAGUUAAUUUACAUUUCCUUUUGUUAAUGAAAACUAUAUGGUGUAUGUAUGUGUAGUGUAUUUGGUCCUGCAUGUUUGUCCUGAUACUGCCCAGAGAUAUGAUGUUAAUGGCAAUCCAACAAUGCCAAAACGAUGAAAGUUCCCACCACAAGGACUCACAGAUUAGGCCUAUUUCCCAAAUAAUGUUAAAGGAGGUUUGGGUGGAACUGAAGGCAUUGUGUAAUGUAGAAAUAUGAGACAGGCUGUCAGUAUAGGAGUUUUUGGCUUCUCUUAAAAGGGAAUGUUUCCAUAGUUCUUAGUUUAGGUUCAUUGCAUCACAAAUGGCAGGUAGUUUUGCAAUAGAGCAUGUUUAUGGGUGUGUAUAUAAUAGAAAACAUUUACUAAGUAUUUCAGCCUUACCAGAUGUUGGAUACAAGACAUGCUGAACAUGUUACUAUGAUCAAUAAAAGUUUCAGAUGUGAAGUUAGAGUUUUAUAAUAUAUAGUGAUGCCUAGCAUGAACAUAAUGUAGAAUAUGCGCAAAAGUUUUAUAGAGUUUUCAGAGUGGAUAGGAAGUAUCUUUUGUACUAGCAGAGUUCAAGUUUGUUUUUUGUUUUUUUUUAAAAUAUUUUUGUCAUUGUCUGAAGUAAUGAGAGCUGCUUAAAAGGCUGUGGUUCUGACAUAAUGCUGCAGGCAUGCAGGAUAGGAAACAGGAACUCCUUAACAACAGAGGCACUAGUCAGUGAUGACUCUAUUUUCAACAGCUUCCAUACUUUGUUUCAUUGUACAGGGGAUACCUUCACCUCCAGGCUACUGCAGCUUGUUCCAGCUGCAGCAACAUGUUAAGACCCUUUGUCUCAUAUAUCUAUUCAUUUUUUUCCUAUGAGAACUGUAGGCAAAGAUAGGCAGUGAAAAGAGUCACCUGCACUGGAUGACAACAGGAUGUUUAACUUGUGUUACGUGCAGAGGGAAAAGGAUUCGUGUCUCUUUGUCUGUUAUAUCCUGUAGUAGAGUGAAGGAACUUGAUGACAAGAUCAAAUCUAGGAAUGUUGGUCAGCAGGUUGGUGGGAAAGCUCGCCUGUUUAGGGCAUUGUUUGAAUUGAAUUUGUAUGUAUUUGGUACAAAAAAUAAUUGAGGUGAAAAUAAAUAUAUUUACUCAAA